AGUCGUUUUGAUCGAAACGUCACAUCUUCACCAACUCUCGACUGUCUGGGACGUAAAUGGCCCAACUGUGAAUAUUGAAAAACACUCAACUCAUUAGUCUCGAACAUGCCUUUUUCUAAAGUGGUGUUAAUUAUCGUGACUUUAAUCAUCCUGGAUUACGCUCAAGUGGCCGCCAACGAAGAUUUAGAAGUUGUCUGAAAGUAAAGGCAAGAAAUUUCCGCGUCACAUCCAGCCGAAUGUUAGAACCAACACGCAACGGCGUAGACUUUUCCUUCGCAAUGGCGCUGCACGCGGGAGAUCCGACAGCAGUGAAAAUGGAGGCGAAGAAAACGAUCCUCCAGGAUAUGUCAUCAUUUCGUAUGGUGGUAGAAUAGGGAAAAAAGACAACGGUCAACGUUACAGCAACAAAUACGGCAGCGAUUACAGCGUUGAAUAUGUUGGCAACCUAUAUGGAUACGAAGAUGCGCAUGGCUACGGCAACGGGUAUAACAGCGGACACAUCGAACACAGCGGACACACAGCAGUGGCUAUGGUGGCGUGACGAGCAGCCACCAAGGAACAAGCACUGGAGGUGGAAGUGAGGAAGACGAUAAAUUCAAAGGUAACACGCAAUUCACGAGCGACGUGUCUGUAAUGAAUGGAGACACCGGAAGCGAUGAAACAAAAGACAGCGGUGGAUCGAUUGACGAUCCAAUGGUCACUGGCGAAGAUGCUGGUGCCAUAAAAGACUCGAAGGGGAAUGCAGAUCUCGUAGGCGAGGCCACACCUCCGGCUGGCGGAAGCACCGCAACAGAUGAAACUGUCGCCAUCAAUGGACCUACAACGGACGACGCAUUCGCCGUUGGUGGAGAUGCCACUGGAAUCGAAGCUUCAAAGGGUAAAGAUGAAGUCAUGGUAGAUUCCGUCAUCACCGGUGGAGAUGCCACUGUAUCCAUGGACGGAACAGAAGCAAUUGGCGGAGAAACUGUUGGAGGCGAAGGAUCAAAAGGCAUGGAAGCAAUGGAUGAAAUGACUAUACCAGUUGAUGGAGAAGUACCUGGAACUGUCAUUGCUACUGGAACUGUUGAAACCAUGGAUGAACUGAUGGCACUUCUGGAUGGCAUCGGCGGAAGUGAAGGAUCUACUGGUCCCAUCAAAUCUAUGGACGAUUUAAUGGCCAUCAUUGGAGAAGCGGAAGGAGUUGAAGGACUUGGUGACAUUACUGGAUUCACUGACCAUACAGCUGGAAUUGAUGGAUCAAUCGCUAACACUGGAUCAAUUGGUUCCCCAGUCGAUUCGUUCACAACUGGCGUGGAGGUAAAUGAUGAAGACUCACACAGCGGCAUUAAAGCAGGUAGUUUAGAAGAGGAUACCUAUUCAUCAAGCAUCGAAGAUGAGUACACAGUCACAUUUGACUUCGUAACGGAGGACGAAGCAGUUGAGCUAGGUGCAUAUACCAAAAGUGCCGCUGAACAAAAUCCAUACAGCCCCGCAAAUGAUGACGAUUUUAGCAUAUCGUUUUUGACCGCGGACACCGCCAAACCUUCUGCAAGUGGCACGGAAGUAGCGAGCGAAAUCGCCACAAUUGAAAAAGGAAAUAGUAAAAUUAUGUCUGAACCUGCAGAAAUGAUCAAAGCUGAAGCAUUAACCACAACGGAAGAAACAGGUAAAAUGGUAGCGAAACCUGCCGAGAUGAUGAACGUCGGAGGUAAAGAGAGCACAUCUAUGUUGGACACUGAAAGCGCACCAUCUCCUGGAUCAGAGAAAAGCAUUUCACCCAUCGUCGUACCGGAAAUCAAUGCAAACAGUCUAAGAAGAAUGGGCCGGAACGGACAUGAUAGCAGGAGGCCUGUGAACUAUAGAAACGGAGACAGAAGGUUAAUAGUUGCAGGAAAAGUAAAUCAUCCAGGAAACAGGGUAAGACCACAAAGUCGAGCAAUUAGCAGUCUACCCAUCGAAAAUCAAAAGCACAGAAACUUAGCUGGAAAUGGCGAAAAGGUUCAUAGCACUGGAGGCAAAAUUGGCCCAGCAACGGUCAGAAAUGUACCAAUGAACAAGCCAAUGAAACUAGUCAGGCCUAAUGGUGGAACGUCUGGCAACGGAGCAAGUAAAUUCAGGAGCAUAGGUGAAGGAACUUCCGCAAUCCGUGGAAUGAAAGAAAAUGGACCAAUGGGCAGUAAAUCGGUCAGGGAAUUCCAAUCAGGACCUGGAAAAAUCAAACCCAUGUCUGGAAAUGUUGACAUGGUUAACAAGGACAGAGGAACAGGUAGCACGAAAUCCGUUAGCGUAGCACCAAUUACGGAACAAAGUAAAAACGGACCUUCGAGUAAUCCAUCCGGAAACACUGGAAGUGGCAAGAAGAGAUUUUUAAGCAUGGGAAAGGGAAGAAACACUUCCGGAAAUAGCGGCAAACUAGAAAGUGGAUCAGCGAGCACCAAGUCAGCAAAAACUCAAUCCGGAAACGAAGAGAAAGUCAAAAAAGGAAAUGGCGACAAGAUGAGCGGACACGGAGGAAAAGGCAGCACUAGACCGGCCAGACCUGCCCAGCUAAUGAGCCCACCGCCUUCGAAAGAAAUGAUGCGGCCCAAUCCCAUGAAAGGAGAUACAGCUUCUGAAAAUCAAGAAAAAGGUGAAGUCACAUCCGAAAAGCCAGCGGGAAAAGGAAGCAAAGCAACAAAGAACAGCGUGAAGGACAAACGACAAAUCAGUACAUCAAGCUCACCUUCCAGCAGCGAAAAGGGUAAAAAAGGAUCAGAAAAAGGCAGCGGCAAAGAAACUGACACGUCAGAAUCGACAGUCAAAACCUCUUCCGGAGUAGGUGAAAAGGGCGAGAAAGUCAAUGGAGAUGAAGGCAAACAGAACGGUGGAUUCGUCAGGAACGCACCACUUAACAUUGUCCGCUAUCUACGUAAAGGUAUAGGACGAUACCUUGUAAAUCUAUUAUCUCAUUUUCCAUUUCUCCUAGUGCAGUCUGAACACGCGCCAAAGUUCGUUUUUCAAGGCUCGUUUCGUUGUGUUCCACGUGUCAUUGUUAUCAUGCUAUACUUUUGCUUUACUGUUAUGUCAUUGCACAGUGCUGUGUGCUGUGCAAUGGGAGCUCAUAUAAGACAAUAAAAAACUGUUACAAGGUUAA